GCAUGUAAAAAAGCCCAGCAGACAGGAGCAUAUUACCUCUUUCAUAACUUGGCUCCUUUGCUUCAGAAAUCAGAACAUCAAUACUUGGCCCCCCAGCAUAGCCUAUUAGACCAGGAUCUCAGAUGAGGAGUCUACCCUGGCCCAUAGAAGCAGCAUAAUCUGGAGAUGAAAUUGUAGAACUGCUUUGGUCUACCAUUUUAAAGUUGGAAAGGCUCCUGAGUAAGUUUGGACAAGACUCACAAAUACUAGAAGAUUCCGUGCUAAUUGGAUGCUCAGAAGAGCAAGAAGCAUGGUUUGCUCUGGAUCUAGGUCUAAAUAGGUCUUCUUCCAAAAAUGGUACAUAACUUUAUUCCUGAUGGACACUUCCCAGUGGUUCUUAGGCUUUGGGACUCCACAUGAUAAAAUUUCAAAGAACAUGUUAAGAAUACAAAACAAUCUCAGUUUUUAAGUUGUUGUUCAGUCGCUAAGUCGUGUCUGACUCUCUGCGACUCUCCUGUGACUGCAACACGCCAGGCUUCCUGUCCUUCACUGUAUCCGGGAGUUUGCUCAGACUCGUGUCCACUGAGUCGGUGAAGCCAUCCAAUCACAAGCAUUUAACUUCCUUACAGAAAGCUGAAAUGGAGACAGCCCUCCAGGGGUCUUUCAUUAAGCUGACAAAGGCUCUCUUUGAGCUGAAUGUGAAGGAUGCCUCCUUGCUGUCCACGGCUCAGGCUCUUCUCCGUUGGCAUAAUGCUCAUCAGUUCUGCAGCAGAAGUGGGCAGCCCACCAAGAAGAAUGUGUCUGGCAGCAAGCGUGUGUGCCCUUCCAAUAACAUCAUCUAUUAUCCACAGGUGGCACCUGUGGUGAUCACGCUGGUGUCAGAUGGAACUCGAUGCCUGCUUGUCCGCCAGAGUUCCUUUCCCAAGGGAAUGUAUUCUGCCUUGGCAGGUUUUUGUGAUAUAGGUGAAAGUCUGGAAGAGACUGUCCGGCGAGAAAUUGCAGAAGAGGUGGGAUUGGAGGUGGACAGACUGCAUUACUCUGCAUCCCAGCAUUGGCCCUUUCCUAACAGCACACUCAUGAUUGCUUGUCAUGCAACUGUGAAACCAGGGCAGACAGAGCUCCAGGUGAACUUGAGAGAACUAGAAGCAGCUGCCUGGUUCAGUCGUGAUGAGGUGGCCACAGUCCUGAGGAGAAACAACCCAUCUAAUCAACAACAGAGUGGGGCUGUCCCAUUCUGGUUGCCCCCCAAGUUAGCCAUUGCCCACCAACUGAUAAAGGAGUGGGUUGAAAAACCGACCUGUUCUCCCCUGCCUGCUUAGCUCAGAUCAGGCCACCUGAUCAGAUAACUCCCUCCUCACGAUCUAAGAGGGGCACAUCAGAGAACAACUGAUAAACAGGAGGUGACAAAGCCCAUCCCAGGCCAACCUCGUAAGGCAGAACAGAUGGUGAGCCUACAGCAGGACACAUCUGCCAGUGUUAACAGAGUUCCUAACCACAGGCAAUCAAAAAUGCCAAACCCGAUCAGAUAACAAAAGUCAAAGCAAAAGUUGAAUAGUUUGGAUCCAGGCCCGUGUUCACUCAUUUUCUCCUGUGCUGUGGAAGCAAACAUCUUCUGGCAUGUGGCUUAUCAAUGCUGGAUUUACACUAACUGCCAAAAUGUGCCUGGUAUAGUUUCAGUUCAAAUUUUAUCUUAGUAUUAAAAAUAUAUAGCAGAUCUCAACUCAGUUACUUUUUAUGUUCACAGAAUUUUAAAAAGUAGCACAACAUUUUUGAAUUUGCAUAGAGGUAAUUGUUUUAUAUAGAGUAGUUAAAUAAAGGUCGUAUUUCCUUAAGUCCUUCAUCCCAGGAAAGCAGGAAUUAAGGUCUUCCUCAAGGUGCUCUGUAAUAAAUCAGAUACAGGGAUGUUCUGUUGAGGUAACUGCAUGCCAGUGGGCUCAAGUGGGUAAGUCAAUUUUUUGCUGUUACUUGCUCAGUUUGCGACCCAGGGAAAAGAGUAUCCCUUGCUGUGCCUGUUUUCCUAAACUUGAAGUAACUUCAACAAAAUGACCAGUGAAGAUGAA